AUGGCACAAACAGAAGAGAAACUGGAGUUCGUUCAUUUCUGGCGGUUCGAAGUGAUGUCAACAUUUUCCAUGAGGGAUUCGGACAAUUUUUCAACAAUCUACGGACCCCGUAUUUAUGAAUGGUGCAUACGAAUAGAUCGCGGCGACAGCUUUGGAUUCCGAGGACUUGAGAACAGAGGAAUUGAACUAUCCGUGGAACCAACGAUCCGAUCCUUCAAUACUCGUCUACCGCCAGCCUCCACAUGCAGCUUCGAUGUGCGUGUUAUAGAGCCCCUAACUAACAAAGUGCUUCUCAAAGCCGGUCCCCAUGUCUGCCCAUUAAUAGACGAUCCCCAUGGCAAUCGCGGCUUUUUCCUGCCGCAAAACUCUGAUACAGGAGUAGCGAUUCAGAAGAUGCUCAAAGGAAACGAGUUUUUUGGAAAUCGGUGCGAGAUUACUUCUAUCCUGAGCCUUCCUACCGCUUCGUUCGAUGUGGACAAAAUCGAAAAUCUUGCUCCUCGACCGCCUAAAGUGCCAGAUUUUCGGUUCAGGAUGUUAACCGAGAGGUCUCGUCAUGAUUUCACAAUUCGCUGCCGAGAUGGUGACAUCCUCGUAGCGAAGGAGGGACUGUUCCUGGCUUCCGAAUAUUUUCGCGACUAUUUAGAGGGCGCUGAUCACGCUGACGCUAACUUUGGUGACGUAAACAAGCAAGCGGUUGAAAUGGCUUUACACUUCACUCUGACUGGAACUAUGACCCCUCCAGAAAGUAUAUACUCAUCUCUUGUGAAUGACGUCAUCGAAACAGCUCGGAGAUUAAGGUCUUUGAAUUUUCCUAAGCUGCGAAACGCUCUGGAGGAAGAGUCAAUCAAGGCGGCAAUCCAGGAUCACGAAAACUUAGAAGCUGUGCUCUUAUGGUUUAUAUGCUCGCACGAUUGCGCCAUGCCAACACUACACAUGGUUUGCUUGGCUUACGUUGCCGGUAUUCAUGCAAAUCAAUAUCUGAGAGACUUCACUGAAGGUUCCAUGUCAGAUUGUCUCCGUGGCGAAGGCGUACCCAGAGCUAGCAGAGAAGCUCAACAAACGACAAGGUAUUCUGAGACCCACCCCACAUCAGCGUAUAAUGACUGCAAUUCGAUGCGGAAGCAAAGUGCGGGCAGUAUCUCGAGUAGAAGUCACGGCAUAAGCAAAUAUACUCUGUACAAAUAA